GGGGGCGCACCGUGGGGAUUUACCCUGAAAGGAGGGCUGGAACACGGGGAGCCUCUCAUCAUUUCUAAGCACUCGCCUUUUUCUCUCUGGCUGAUGUCCUAAACUCCUUACCCUGGCAUACAAAAGAUUUCUUGUCCCUUCGCAUAUUUUGAUGGCUGUGGUGGGAUGAGUCCCCACCCUUCUAUAAUAAACCCCCCACUCCUAGCUGGGGCUUUGCCACACCAAGAUUUCAUCCGGCAGCAUAGGGACAGUGUAGCACACAGAGCUGAAUAAAACCCACAGGUAUAAGACAUUCCAUCUGUCCUGCUGUUGGACAAGAUUGAAAAUGGAGGGAAAGCAUCAAUGUGUGAGAAGAUGGAAGUCGGGGAUGAACUGGUGAAUAUAAAUGGCACUCCUCUGUAUGGCUCCCGCCAGGAAGCUUUGAUCUUAAUCAAGGGCUCUUACAAGAUCCUCAGAAUGAUUGUCAGGAGGAGGAACCUUUCAGUCAUCAGACCCCACUCAUGGCACCUUGCAAAGCUAACCGAAGUCCACCCGGACGUGGCCAGUAUGCAGUACCCCACAGAUGCCUUCAGCUUGUCUUGGCACUCAGGCUGUGAAAACAGUGAGCUCCCUAUGCAGUGGAAUCCUCUUUCCCGACACUGCAGCACAGACAAAAGCAGUUCUAUUGGUAGCAUGGAAAGUCUAGACCAACCAGGACACAAUUACUAUGAGGGUACACUGUCGCCUAUUGACCCCAGCAUGUACCAGAACAAAAGGGACUCUGCUUACAGCUCCUUUUCAGCUAGCUCCAAUGCCUCAGAUUACACCUUAUCUGCAAGGGCAGAGGAAUCAUCUCAGAUGGAUUGUGUAGCCGACUCUUCCAAACCAUGUGAUGGACGAUAUCUUCACACUGGGCAGGGUGCCAUAGAAAUUCAACAAGAGACUUCUUCCCUCAGCCCAUCGGAGCACCAGCAGAGACCUUCUUCUUUUCCUUUUGAUGCCAACCAUCUGAGUUUUAUCAAAUCUCCACCCCAGCCACCUAUUCGGAGGGACAGUUUAAGGGCUUCUAAAAAUCAGAUUUGUCAUGGUGAGAGAAGGAGGGCUUCAGCUCCAGGGGAUUCUCUACAGAUAUCAGGAAUGUGGUCCUCUGAGAACCAGCAGCACAAAAACUCUGAUACUUCACAGUGCAAGUGUGGCAUUGAAUUUUGCACUGUACAUUUAAAAAAUGGUUUAUCGUCUGACCAAUAUUAUAUGCUAAGCUCUCAGACCGAUGGGGGCAACCAAAGCACUGACCAGCUUGCACUGAGUGACAGGGAGAUGCCAAGCUGUUGCACUGAAAUGCAGUCCAGGUGGCCAAGGGAUGGUAGAAAUAUUAAACAGACCAUCAAUAAGGAAAUGGAGAAUUCAUCAUACCAUUCAGCUCAAACUGUCAAGACUGUCAAAGAUUCUCUUUCCAAGCAUCCCUCCUGUCUUCAUAUGAAGUCAUCCAGUCUUCCUCAAUCUGAACAAGAAGAAGUAAGUGUUCAGACAAAGUUUCACAGGAAAGAGUGGAGAAAUACUCUGUUACAAGAAAACUUUCAGUGCCAAACAAGUGAGUGCAAUGGAAUCUCUAGCCAAGAGCUCAAGUGCAAUAUUAACAGGGAUUCUGAAAUCUACCAAGUGGACACACUAACAGAUACGGGUGAUUUUAGCCAACUCUCAGGGAAAAAUAAAGAACAGUCACAGCACAUUACUACCUUGGAGAGAUCAGUUAGUGAGCCUAAUGAAGUAAGAGAAUCAUUUCCAGUCUUAUUGCCUAAACACUCUGUAGGAGGUAUGAGAUCAUCAUGUAGUUCAGAAACACUGCUAGAAGAGAGCCAUGAGCAGGAAGAAAGUCAGGGUCCAACAAAAAAGCCUGGAUCAUCACGGCAUCGGUCUGCUCAGAUGCGAAGGAGGAGCGAUCGGUUUGCAACCAACCUAAGAAACGAAAUACAAAGACGUAAAGCACAGUUGCAGAAGAACAAGGGGUCUUCUGUGCUGCUUUGUGGGGAAGAGCCUGUUGAGGAGAGAGAAGAACCAACAGAGUCUCAGUCACCACCCCGACCUAUGCCUCCACCCCCACCUCCUAAAAACAAGUCACGACUGUUGGAACUCAAGAGAGCAAAUGCAGAACAGUUUCAUAAGGGUACAGACCACCAACAUCUGGAGCAAAAUAAGCAAAGCCUCCCCUCGAACAGGGAUACUGAUAAAGAUAACCAAAAGACAGAGGAGAACUCCUUGAAUGCAGUGGAGAAUGUUACCAGAGCAAAUGACAAGUCAUUGAUCUCCAAAAGCAGGUUACAGAAUGAGUCUAAUAAAUCAUUUGUUUAUGAUCCCAGGCAGAAGGACCAUCAAAGAGUAUCGUCCGAGUUAAAUAAUGAAAGUACAAUGCCUUCAGCUGAAAACUGCAGGGAGGAAUGGAGAACAAGAGAACCUGAUUUUCAAAGGCAACAUUCCAAGUGCUUGGAACAGAGAGAACCUGAAUUAGGAAAUGUUGCGGAGUCUUCUGCCACCACUGUAAGGUGGAAUGAAGUGUCUAGGGCUUCGCCGAACCCCGAUGUAAAGGUUUCCCAUGAAAUGUGGAGAGCAAGCUCAUCUCUAAGCAUUAAUAGUGUGGGGUCACAAACUGAAAAUUUCAGAGGAAUUGGCGUUGAAAGCCACAGCCACUACAGUGGACAUAAAUCUUUGGAUGCAGAUGCAAGUUUCAAUGGCCUUCUGUCUAGCAAAGAACAACUCUAUUCAGAUGGCUCAUCUAACGAUGACUGGAGGAUAAGUUGCCUGGAUAAUGAAGAGCCAAUGCAAAGGGGUCGGGAAAUGAUGUUUUCAGAACCAGGAAGGUCAAGUGACCAUACAUCUCUCUUUGCAGCACAGUGGAGGUCUCGUCAUUCCUCUUCAGAUUUUGAAGACCCUCAUGUUCAGCAGAUGCCCAAUGGUGGCAGAUGGAAGUGGUCUCCAGAACACAAGCUUUUGCCUCAUCCACAGCUUUCAAAGGGAAGUCCCCCAGAUGUUAGUGUUGUGCAUGCUGAGGGUGCCAGUCUUCCCAAUAGGGUAGCUUCAGAGGAAAAUGUUUUGAUGCCCUUUGCUGACAGAAGAAGGUUCUUUGAAAACAGCAGCAAAGUCCACAAUGUUUCCCACAUUCCUUUACAAAUCAAAUCAAACAAAAAUAAUUACUGUCUCAGUUUCCCAGACCCACCUCUUUCUCAGAAGGUUGUAUCAGCUUUAAGAAGACAUUCAGUUGACCAUACCUACCAUCCAUCCUCUCCCAACAGACAGGAUAGUGCCUUACCUUAUUCUGACUAUUGUGUUAAUCACACCGUGGAUCCUUUGCUUUGCUGCAGUCAAGGAGGACAUGCUGCUGAAUAUAUUCACCAUCCUACGGGGUAUGGAUGCAGAGUUCAUGAGAGUUGUCACUGCUGCUCAAGUGACGUUUGCCCUGCAUUGGUUAAAAGGAAUAUGCCUAUGAGUCAUCUAAGUUGCCACUUUCUCCACCACCAUCAUCACCAUCACCAGUGGUCCCGGUGUGGAGAUUACUUAUGCCCUGCACAACAUAGCACAUUGGAGGAGGGUACCUCUUUGCACGGAGAUCCUUGGCACUUACAGAAACCUGUGUUACAGGAAGUACCACUCAAAGAAUGGACCCAACAGCUGAAAAUCCCAAACAGGAAAUGCAGUCAGUCUGGGAGUGAUUUGUGCCACAGUAAUUCUGGAUUCCAUCGGGCUGGCCCCUUUAGACCAUGUUGUGACAACAGCGAGCAGGACUUUCCCCAGUGCUACAGGACCGUGUCUUCCUAUGAUCUCUCCUGUGAACAUUCCAUCCGGCCAGAGCUGUCCUCUCACCAUGAUGAACCUAGUGACCAAAACCUAGGCAGAGGAAGAGCCUACUCUGUGAGCCAGCUGAAUUUAGAUUGUUUGGCUCUCAGAGAUAAAAAAGAGACUUCUUUGUCAAAGCUUGAAGAGCACAUGCCAUCUGCUCUAGCGAAAAAGCAAAAGCCUCCUCGCCCACCUCCCCCAAACUGGGACAAGUACAAGGAGAGACGGGCAUCACAUCAGCUUACAAACUCUAUCCUUAGUCGUCAUCGUGAAAAUUCUGUUGGAUCUGGUCAUAGCAUAAGCAUGGAAGCUGUAAGGCAGCGCUCUCAGAGUCUGCCUAUGGAGAGGAUACUUUUAAAGGCAAAUGAGAACUACCACCCUUCCUCUGAAUGCGAGCAUCCUCAAAUUAGAGAUUGUAGCCCAGUACCCUCUGAUUUAAGACCUGCUCACCAAGAACCUGAUACAUCUGCUGAUACUGUUUCUACAACCUUUGAGCAUGCAAGACAGGAGCCAUUUUCAGACUGUCGAAACUCACCCAGAGAUGCAUCCCCACCCAGGACUGAUCAUUUGGUACCUUCUGACCCAGUUACUUCAUCCCAUCAUCAGACAACUGACUUCUAUAGUCCAUUAGAAGGUGGGAGUAUUGAGGAGCCAUCAAAUUCUGUUGCAGAAGAAUCUGAAGAUGGGGUCAUCCCUCCAAAGUCCACUCAUGACCACAUAUCCCCAGAUAUUCCCGAAAGAGAGCACCCUGCUAACUUGCUAGAUGGAUUUGAUUCUGGCUACCGCCAUUAUGAGGAUGAAUGGUCAACAGACAGAGAAUCGGAAAUCUCCAUUCCGGAAAGGUAUGAGUUCCAGCCCAUCUCGCCACCUCCAGUGUGCGGAGCAGUAAGUCCCACCUCUUGCGCUGCCUACUACAACACGUCCGCAGCUAAGGCUGAGCUACUUAAUAAGAUGAAGGAGCUGCCUGGCCUGCAGGAGGAAGUGGGGGACCAGGAAGAAGUGGAAGAGGAGGAUGAAUUGUCACUUAAGAAAGUGCAGCUUAUAGAAAGUAUCAGUAGGAAGGUUUCUGUCCUGCAUGAAGCUCAGCAAGGCCUUCAGGAAGAUAUAAAUGCAAACACUACCCUUGGUUGUGAAAUGGCAGAUCUCCUCAAGAAUCUCUGCAAACCCAAUGAGUAUGAAAAAUUCCGGACCUUCAUCGGUGACCUAGAGAAGGUGGUAAACUUGCUGCUUUCACUUUCCGGGCGCCUAGCCAGAGUAGAGAGUGUCCUGAGCAGUGAGGAUCCCGAGCCAUCAGUGGAUGAGAAGCUGAACCUGCUAGAGAAGAAGAAGCAACUUACUGAGCAACUGGAGGAUGCCAAGGAGCUGAGAGCACACGUCACUCGGAGGGAACAUAUGGUCCUUGAGUCAGUGUCCCGAUACCUAAAUGAGGAGCAGCUUCAGGACUAUCAUCAUUAUGUGAAAAUGACAUCAGCUUUGAUUGUGGAACAGCGGGAACUUGAGGACAAAAUUCGUUUGGGAGAAGAGCAGCUGCGGUGUCUCCGAGAAAGUCUGUAGUUUGGCAACCAAAAAAAAGAAUUCAGCCAUUUGAGCAAAAUAACAAACUCUAACCAAGGCUUUAGUACCCCAUUGGCUCUUACUUUCUAAAUGGUUUUAACCUCCACUACCAAAAAUCUCCAAGAAAGCCUGUUUCCUUGCAAUACAUGUGUAAUAAAUCCUGUGUUAGUGGGACCUUAGGGUGUCCUACCUUAAAUCCAUUCAAUUAGGCAUUAGAGCUGAAACAGACAAGCCAUUUGUCAUAAUAUUUUUGUCCUAAAACAAUUUCUACUGUGGCACAUUUGGAGCUAGAGUAAUAGUUUAGACCAAAUACUUAACCAUUCCAUUCUGCUGCUCCUCAAGAUACACAAAAAUGCAUGUCGGUUUAAUAAUUUUUAGUUAAUUUGAUAUUCUGAAUGUGAAUUUUCCAGAACUUUAUAGCUGGAACAUUUAUCUACGAACCAGCAUCUCUUAAAAUUGUUUAGGAACAUAUAAAGAGAAUCAACGGUAGCACGGUUAACCAAAGUCACUAGUGCAGCUUACACACACAGAGGUGUGCUUGAAAUUGCUCUAUGCCAUUAAGCUCACGCUAAGAUCAGCAGCUCUGCCUACAGGAUGGGCCCAUAGGAAAGAAUCUGCACAAUAACCAAGGACAGCACUGAGUUUGUUACAUGUAUCUGAGAGUUAAUGCUUUUCCUGAAGUCUGUUCGGGACAUUAUAAAUCAAGUGAAAUCAAGUAGCUUUAUCCUAUAAGGUUGAAAUAACGCACUAUGAACUUUUUUUUACCUCUUUCGGAUUCUAUGCAAGUGCCUUUUUAUGAACUGGUAUAUUGGGGUCGAUGCAAAUAUAGAUCUCUUACGAAUCUUUCAUCCACAGCAUACAACUGGAAUGCAGAUGUUUCAGCUAAUACUUACUGCCCUUUUCAAGGGUGAUUUUCAUGCAACCAAAGAUAAACACUUGGCAUCGAUAUAAAUUUUAUGUAUUAUUCAAUUUUGUUUUUAGUAAUCCAUAAACCUCACCAGGCAAUUUCUAAUUUAGGUCUGUUUCAGACCUUUAGGAAAUAAGUAUGCAGAAAUGUUUUAAUCCCCCCUUUUGUGUGUCAGCUGGGUUAGUUGUCCACUAUCGUAGGCCCUUAUUUUUUCAAACCACCUUAUUUAAAACAUUGCUUUAUGUUGCUCUCCCCCAAUAAAACUAUUUUCUUUUACUAAAGAGGCAAAAUACUGAUCAAUUCUGGAUUUACAAAAAAAUAAUUAUUCUGCUUGGCCUCAUGAGUAAAGCAAUCAUACCCCUAUGCCUUUAGAAGUCUUAAUUCUGCUUACUAAAGUUGCUAAGAAAUCACUACAAUAGGACCACUAGAAGCCACUGUUUUAAGCCCCACUUGGUGGACUAAUACACUCCGAUAUAUUUUAUUGUUUAUAGAAUACUCAAAGGGAUAGUGACACAUUUCAGUUUGGCCAGGAAUGUGUUACUAUACCUAUAUAAAGGUGCCCAGUACUAAACCCGCAUUUGCCCACAGGCUUCUUUUACUCAGCUAUGUCAAGGCUUAACACAGUUGUUGUAAAUGUAGAGCUAAGGGGGCAAAACUACGACUUUCUUAUGCUUAAGGCUGUGUUGGGACUCGAAACAGAUGAGUAACAGAGGGCAUGGGGCACCUUCAAAUGCGGGUUUCUGUUCAAUAUAAUUACCCUGAAUAACUCUUCUGUUAAUGCCUUAUCUUAAUGCACACAUUCUCUUCUGUCUCCAAAGCUGACACACUGGGGGUCAGUAGAUUGUACAGUACCGCUUCCUUGAUCUGUGUAUAAACCAUAUUCAUUGUUGUUUGACCUUUUCUUCCUCCACCAGGAAAACCAUUUUGAAACAAAAAAAGAAAUUAAGUUUAGUUUUAGGCCCAAUGUUAUAUUAAAAGUAUUGAUUGUUUUUUUGUAUAUUUUAUUGUAUAAGAAAAAAAGGGAAUUCGCUUAGGUAUUUUCAUAUCAUUUGAAAAAUCUACAUUUGGAGAAAAAAAAAAGAAUUAACAAUGUUUUGAUACUCAGGAUGAAGCCCAGAAGACCAAAUGGUUUUACAUCUCUAAAGAUUUUAUGCCAAAACCAACCUUAAUGUGUCAUGGUUUUAUGAAAAUGUUUAUAAUUAUUAUUAUUUUGUAUGUUUUAUUAUUAUGGGUUUUUUUUAUUUGCACAUUGUGGAUUAUAUGACCCUUUCACAGCUAAAAAAAAAUGGCUGGUCUGUAAUAGUUUUUAAAUGAAGCAGUCUGGGCUAAGGAUUUUUUAUAUUAUUGACAUAUUUUAUAGCUGAAACAAUAUAAUAUUCUAAAUCACAUAUGUUGUUUUCUGUGAGAUUUUCUUCUAUCACUUCCUCCUUCUCUUCUUUCAUUGAAGACUAUAGCGAGACAGUAUUUGGAAAGAGCAUAUAGUAAGGAACAUUAGGGGUGUUAAUGUUUAUUGCAUAUGGCUGCUUUACGUGUGGAUACGUACAGGAGGUCUCUGCACUCUGUUAAAAAGAUACAGGUCUGCAUAAGUUCAUUUUGGAACAUAUUUGUUUUAUUAAGCAUAGCUGUGUUGUAUUAUUAUUAUUAGGGGACAUUAGCAGUGUUUGGCCCAAACCAAGAGCUAUUUGCCAGCUGUUCCUCUCUCUGUUUUUCUGAGUUGUUACACGUGCAUAGUGCACUAUCUUGGGUUGUAGGGUUCUGGCAUGGAUGUGCAUCUUGUACCCUGCACCCUGGGGAACAGCACUACACAUGCAUUUUCCCUACAUUUGGAAGAGGGACAUGGGUGAGCUAUUAGGUAAAUGCUAAUAGAAUGAAGGGCUGUAAUUUCUCAAGGCUGUUAGCUAUGGGAAAGCUGCACAGUAGCCGUUUCCCUACUGCUAAAAAAAAAAAAAGUAUAAAAAAAAUUGCUUUCAUUAGCAAUUAUAUUUACAACUAACUUUAAAAUCAUUGAAUAUUUUUUAAUUAAUGUAUAUUGGAAAAUUGUUUAGAAUUUUAUAUUAUAUAUUUUUUUUACUGUGCCAAAAAUAGUUUUAGUGUGGAGAUCCCAUGUAAAGGUAAAAAUAUCUUUUUACAUUUUAUUCAGUUGGGCUUAUGUAAAAAAAAAAUGUAUGUAAACAUUUUCUGAUCUGUCUAUCUAAACAAAAAGUCCUGCAAUCUUUAAUCGUUUUAUUGUGAAAAACACAAAGGCAACGUUUCAGAGCUUCCCAAUCCAUUAUCAAGCCACAAUAAUUAAAAAAUAGCCAAUUAAAAAAUCCCAAGUCCACCUCCAACCACACCUUCCCACUCCAACCCAAUAAAUUAACCCUUACUUUGCUUUAACUUUUUUUUACGAACCUCUGGGUAUAGUAUGCCCAAGUAUGCAGAGUGCAGUAUACUAAUUUAGUUUCUAUGCAUUAUAUGCUCUGCAGAGUGCAGUCACCCCAAGGACUAUUUUGUUUUUUGGCAAUUCAGAUAGAGUUUAUGCACUUUGCUUACAUGGGCCCAACUGAAUGAGCUCGUGUCAAAAAGGAAGGAGGGUAUAUUUUUAAAGGGAGGACAUGGUAGAAGUGAAUUCAGACAAGUUUUGCAUAGGUUUGCUGGUAUACAGUGUGUUGUUUAGCAGUGACGGCAGGUUUAGUGGAUUGGGGUGUCACCUGGAAGAAAAUGAUUGUCUUAAGUAAUAUUUUUAUUUUUCUUCCCUAUUAAUAACAUUGGCUUGAAUCGUGAUUUUUACCUGCUAGGUUGCAACUCUAUUUGGUCUGGCAUAUAUGGCAUUGAUCCUUUUCUGCCAUUUGGGCCAUUCCCCUUGCCCAAUUACCAAGUAAGGCUGUUGGCAAUUGAUUGAAACUGACUAAAUUAUUUAAAAUGCCUGCUCUUCUGAUAUUGUUUCAGGACAUAUUUAAACCAGUGUUUUGGCCAUGAAGGGGUUAAUAAUUCAUUGCAAUAAGCUUUGAAUCUAAUCUGUAUUAUUUUAGUAAAGAAAAGAAAGUGUUAAUGUUGUGUCUCCAUGUGUAAAUCUAUGUUUCUUGUUCUCCAUUGUGAAUGCCAUCCUUUGUAACUUUAUUUCCUGGAGAGGGGUCUCCAAUGACUUCUCCUGCACUACAGUAAAUAUAAAGUAAUGGUGCUAAAAGUA